CAGGAAAAGGAAAGGGGAAGCAGGCUAGAAGCAUCAAAUGCGGAAAAAUAUGUUUUGCAGCGAUGACUGUCACUGAAGGCAAGACAGGAGUGAGUGUGGUGUUCCAAGGCAAUCACAGGGGCCACGACUUUGACUUGUGCCAUGUUUUUCUUUCCAAGUCGGAGAAAGGUGCUAUCGCCACCAAGCUUCGAGAGGGUGUGCCCACGAAGGUAGUACUGGAGGGUGCGCGAUCCAACCUGGAUGAGACAUUCCGUCGCGUUGACCUGCUAACCAGGCAGGACCUGUACAACGUUAUGAGGGAUGCCAAAGCUGCUGAGCGCCUGGACGUGGAAGACUAUGUCAGCGUGCAGCUCUGGGUCGAGAUGAUGCACGGGGAAAGGGACAACCCAGUGCUCUUUUUCAAACAUCAAGGACAACCUGACAAAAGUGACAUUCUUGAGAGAAGGAGUGAGGACCUCUUGGAAGACGGAGAUUUCAUGUUGGUUAUCAUGACCUCGCCGCAGCAGGAGCUUUUCGAUUUGGUCGGAGCCGAUUGCGUGUGUGUCGAUGGAACACAUGGAAGAACAGCAGGAUUCGGCUUGCAAGUUGUAACAGUACUAUGCGUCGAUGAAUCUGGGGCCCCAUUCCCAGUGGCAUACUGUGUUACCAAUCGCACAGACCAGAAAGCCAUGAUCACUUUCUUCGUGGCAGUCAGGUCCAAGACAGGCCAGGUUGUGGCUAGAGCCUUCAUAACUGAUGAUGUACCUUCUUUCAACAACGCCUGGCAAGAAGUGAUGGGACCACCUCAGCAACACUUCUUGUGUGCUUGGCACGUGGACAAAAGCUGGCGGCAAGCCAUUAAGAAGCACAUCCGGGACAAGAAGCAGAGGGUCCUCGCAUACAAGGCCGUUGAGAGCAUCAUGGACGCUUCAAAUGAGGAGACACUUGAAGCACGGAUGCAGGACUUCUUGCUCUGGUUUGGACUGGAAUCCACAGAAGAAGCAGGCCUUCUCAAUUUCAAGGAAUACUUUCUGCACCACUAUGCACAGCGGGCUGAAAGCUGGGCAGCCUGUGUUAGGAAGGCUGCUGGGAUCAAGAAAAACAUGCACCUUGGGGCAUUGCAUAAAGUGCUCAAGCACUGGCACUCGCAAGGAAAAACGAAAAGAGUAGACAAGCUGGUAUCAGUACUCCUGAAGGUGACAAGGGAUACAGUAUUCGACCACCUUGCAAAAUUUGUCGAGAACACAGGAAUCGAAUUUGAGCAUUGUACCACAAUUGGACACACCGAGGGCCUGAAUAUUGAACCUGAUCAAAUCAACAGUGUGGCCUUCUGUCAGUGGACAGUCCAUUCACAGAUGUACGCUGCGACUACGUAUUCUGUGACCCUCGAAGGCACGACAUGCAGUGAUGAAUGCAGACUAGGGUGCCACGAGUGCAAAGUCUGCGUGCACAAUGUUGCGUGCUCUUGUGCAGAUUACGAGUUGCGGAGGAACCUGUGUAAGCACAUCCAUGCCGUAUUUGCAAGCAGAGCUGCAAGGAGCUGCAGUCCAUACCCUGACGCAGGUGAUGUGGGCUUGAUGGAUAUGCCGGAUGAACCGCAGUGGACGGCCUUUGAAGUUGAAGCGUUUCCUGAUGUUGGAGCCAAUGUGGAAAUUUCGAUGGAUUUGAAGCAAGACGUGUUGGAUAUUCCAAAGACUGAUAGAAAGGAAGCGCAUUGUUACUUCGGCAGUGAAUUGCUGAGUGACGACGGGUUGGAUAUUUCAGACUGUGCAACACGGGAAGAAGCGUUAGGAUGCCUGAGCGACCACAACUACUGUUGGGAACCUUACGCUGGGACGCAGACUGAGGAAACCGCUCCGGCGAUAGUGCAUUCACAAGCUGUGCAGGCAAAUAUAUUACUGAAGGCAAUGGAAACAAGAACGCUGGGAACGCAAACUUAGUCAUGGAGUUGGACUUCCAGAUGACAGGUUGUAGUCAGCAGGUUCUUAUUUCCUUAACCUUUUUUCAAGCCACCAUGAAGAUGUGGAGUCACAUUUGAGCAAAAUUCCUCUCUUGUGCUAGAGUAAAGACGCACCAAAAGCCGAAGCUGAUUUUCCCCCAUAUACAGUGAUUAAAAAUGCUCAAAGACUUAUUGUAGCAGCUGUGUGCUCUUCUGAUUUUG